AGGAGGAAGGAGAUCACGGGAGCCCCACCGCCGCCCGCCCCCGGCCUGAGCAGUGCACGGGCGGACGGGCCCCCCUCUCUCUGACGCCGUCGAAAGCCGGAAGCCGCCCUCCCCGUCCAACCCCCUCUGCUGCUCAUCUAUUUGGCAUUGAUGCGGCAACUGCAACGCCACCUCCUCCAUCCGCAGCCGGUCCUCCUCACUCCUCUGUCCUCCUCAAAAGGCUCCCUCAAAAAAGAGUCUUUUUUCGACCGCUGCGAGUCGAGAAGGCGAGGAGUAGUUGGCCUCGGAACCGAGCAAGCGAGGGAGCAAGAUUUGACUGCCGAGAAGUGAGUGAGUGAGCCAGAGUGAGGGGAGCUCCAGCUUCCAGCAAAGCUCCGUGCCGCUGUUCCGUUCCGCGCGUGCGUCAUGGAGUCCUUCAGCUUCCUCAAGUACCUGCGCGGCGGCGGUGGCGGCGUGGUCGCCGGCGCCCAGCGCGCGCCCGCGGCCGCAGCCACCACGACCACCACCAUCUCCGCGUCGGCGUGCGAGGACGGCGGGGGCGGGGACGGCAACGACGACGACGCCUCCUUCUUCGACCUCGAGUUCGCCGUGCCCGGCGACGAGAGCGCCGCGUCCGACGCUGAGGAAGAGCGGGUCGAGUUCAACUUCGCCGUUGCCGGCGGAGAAGACGUCGUGGCGCCCGGGGCCGCCGAGGCGGUGGUCGUCGAGACGCCGGCGCCUGAGGCGGAGACGGAGACCGAGACCGAGGUAGAGGCCGUGCCGGUUCCGCCGCCGGCGCCGCUGCUCCGCCCGGCCACCAAGUUCCGCGUCCUGCUGCUCAAGCUGAGGAAGCCCAAGGCCCCGGCGCCAGCCGACGGGGUCGCGCAGGCGCCGAGGCAGCAGGCGACGAGCCGGUUCCUGAUAAAGUUCCGGGUGGAGGACGCGCCGCUGGCGUCGCUCUUCACGCGCGACAACAGCUCGCGCACCUCGGACGCUGGCGCGGACCGUGCCCCGGCCACCGCGGCGGCGGCAGAGCCCCAGCACGAGGUGGCCUCGAUCACGGCGGAGGAGCGGCGGUUCGCGAAGGAGGUGGUCCUGCGGUACCUGAGCAAGAUCAAGCCGCUGUACGUGAAAGUGUCGCGGCGGUACGGCGAGCGCCUCCGGUUCGGCGGCACGGCGAGCGAGGGCGAGGAGACGGACGUGGAGCCCGACCCAUCCCCGGCGCCAACACCUUCCCCGUCCCCGUCGCCAUCCCCGUCCCAGGCUCCUUCGUCGUCGUCGGCGACAGCGACGCCUGCGGCGAUGACCCCUGCCCCGGCGCCGCAGCCGGUGGUGGUGGCCUGCGGCGUGCGCGCGCCCCGCGCCAGCGUGCCCGCGGGUCUGAAGCAGGUGUGCAAGCGCCUCGGAAAGAGCCGGUCGGCUUCCUCCGCGGUGGCCGCGGCGCCCUCGCCGGGUGCCCAUGCCCCCACGGCGGCGGGCACAGGGACAGGGACGGGCCCGCAGCAGCCGCAGCGGCGGGACGACUCGCUGCUGCAGGUGCAGGACGGCAUCCAGAGCGCCAUCGCCCACUGCAAGCGCUCCUUCAACGCGUCCAAAGGGUCGGAGUCGCCGCUGCUGCGGUCCAUGACGGCGACGACGGGCGGCGAGGCGAGGGCGGCCGGCGCCGGGGAAGGCGCGUGAGGCGGUCCGGUGGCGCGAAGACUGUGACGGUGAUCGCCGUAAUACCCGUACGGCCGUACAUCGGGCUCUAGUGAUGUGGUGGUGUCAGUGUAGAUGGUAGUACUACUCCAAGUAGUAAUAGAUGGUGUUUGGAUUAGGCUGGUGACGGCGUGUUAUGUUUAAAAAAAAAAUGGGGUAGGCAUGCAUGCAUGCAUGUUUUGGUUUGGAGCAACGUGGCCGGAGGCAAAGCUUUGUCUUUAGCGAGCGCCGCGCCGCGCCGAGCUGAGCUGAGCUGAGCUGAGCUGAGCUGCAUUGCAUGAUCUCGCCGUCUGUUGUCUAGUUCGAUGAUGAUAGUUUGUCCGUGUGUCUGUCUGGAGGCUGGUGGUGGUUGCACCGUGUGUGCAGUGUAGUGUAGUACAGUGUACUAGUAGGUGGUGUGGUAGUGGGGUAUGCGACGCAUGUAGUACGUGCUCUUACAUUAUAUGUAAAAAUAUUGCCAGUCCGGCCAUGUGAAGUCGCUUUCAACUCCCUAGUAAAUUGCUCAUCAUUUAAUUUC